GUGGCUUGAGCCUGGGGUGACUCCAGAGGACGCUCCCUUCAUCUUUGGUUUUCCCCUUUCUGUUGCACAGAAACACAAUGGCUCUGCUAACAGCCAAAACAUUCAGGUUACAGUUUAACAACAAGCGCCGCGUCACAAAGCCUUACUACCCGAGGAAGGCCCUCUUGUGUUACCAGCUGACGCCGCAGAAUGGCUCCACGCCUACCAGAGGCUACUUUAAAAACAAGAAAAAGCGCCAUGCAGAAAUUCGCUUUAUUAACAAGAUCAAGUCUAUGGGACUGGACGAAACACAGUGCUACCAAGUCACCUGUUACCUCACGUGGAGCCCCUGCCCCUCCUGUGCCCAGGAGCUGGCUGACUUCAUCAAGGCUCACGACCAUCUGAACCUGCGCAUCUUCGCCUCCCGCCUGUACUGCCACUGGUGCAGGCGCCAGCAGGAGGGGCUGCGGCUUCUGUGUGGAUCCCAGGUCCCGGUGGAGGUCAUGGGCUUCUCAGAGUUUGCUGACUGCUGGGAAAACUUUGUGGACCACGAGGAACCGCUCUCCUUCAACCCCUCUGAGAUGUUAGAGGAGCUAGAUAAAAACAGUCGAGCCAUAAAGCGACGGCUUGAGAAGAUAAAGCAGUCCCGGAGUGUGGAUGUUUUGGAGAAUGGCUUAAGAAGUUUGCAGCUUGGACCCGUAUCCCCCUCAUUGUCAAGAGGCAACUCAAGAUGACUUUCCCUGGGGCAUGUCAGUUGCCU